AGGCAACACCAGAGGCAAUGUUAAAGUUUCAAUUCAGUCGUGGGCAGAUUGGCUGUUUAACCCAUGCUUGGACUCACCCGCAGCACACAGAAAAUGACCCCUUCAGGUAAGCCAAUGGUCAUUUGAAACCUGAUUCACAUAGGACAGUACUCUGACACCAUUGUCUUCUUAAAAGGAUGGAAGUCCUUAUGUAAUUAGCUUAAAUAACUUAAUCUAAUUAAGUUGUGAACUUAAAUUAGAAAACCUUUGGCAGGGUUUCUAUUUAUUUAAAGGGAGGAUACAUAAACGGACAUAUUUUCAAGGAAGUGGCAGUUUUAAAACUUGAAAAGCUGGAAUAACUACCAUGAGGCAAGGAGGAAUCUGAAAGGAAGUGCAGCAACAUAAAGCAAGCAAGAUUUAAGUUCAUUAAAUCAAAGAGACAAAUAAUCAACAAUUGGAGAUGUCAGGAAGAUAUUUACAGAAAUUCUUGCCUCAAGCUGGAUAUUGAAAUUUGAAAACCUAAGAAAUGUAUUGAUGAGAAGCAAGGGUAAUUAUUUAAAGAGAAAACCCAAAGGCGUUUUCAUUUGAGGGAAGCAGAAAAUAUGGUUACCAUUUUGCAACAACCUAAGGAGCUGGAACACGCUGAAAGAGACAUGGACUGUUGGCAGAAAGUACAUCAGAGUGGGUGGAUUUUUCCAACUCUGAUCCUUUGUAUUUAUGGUUUCUUUACCAUGAUGAGGCCAUCUGAACCUUUCCUCACACCUUACCUUACUGGACCUGAAAAAAAUCUGACAAUUGAUGAGGUAACACAACAUAUUUUUCCAGUUUGGACAUACUCCUACCUGGCCCUGCUCUUCCCUGUAUUUCUGAUUACAGACUAUGCACGCUAUAAACCUAUAAUUAUUCUACAGGGGAUUAGCUUAAUUGUUACUUGGGUGUUACUUUUGUUUGCAUCUGGCAUACCAGCCAUGCAGCUGGCAGAGUUUAUGUAUGGACUUGCAACAGCCACAGAGGUUGCCUAUUAUGCUUAUAUAUAUAGCGUUGUCAGUGCUGAUUAUUAUCAGAAAGUGACAGGUUAUUGCAGAAGUAUCACCCUGGUGGCAUCUACCAUGGGAUCUCUGCUUGGACAGCUUUUAGUUUCUUUAGGCCAAGUACCUUAUUUUUAUCUUAAUGUCAUAACUUUAGCUUCUGUGUCUAUGGCAUUUAUAUCUUCAUUUUUUCUGCCCAUGCCACAAAAAAGCAUGUUCUUCCACAGAAAGUCUUCCCCAGAACCUUUCAUUGGAUCAGUAGAGAAAGUUACAAUGCAAAUUUCCGACCAACAAACCAAUCAACAGGACAAAGAGAUGACAAUAUCAGUGGCCAGACCCCAGGAUUUACCUGAACACGAGCCAUCCAAAAUUAAACUCCAGAGUCACUUUCUGUCAAUCCUAAUGCAGUUGUGCCUGGAUCUGAAAGAAUGUUAUACUACUAAAAAACUUCUGUAUUGGUCAAUGUGGUGGGCUUUAGCUACUGCAGGAUUUAACCAAAUUUUGAAUUAUGUGCAAGUACUGUGGGAUGAUAAAGCGCCUUCUCAUAGUUCUGAAGUUUAUAACGGAGCUGUUGAAGCCAUAGCUACAUUUCUGAGUUCAAUAGCAUCACUAGCUGUGGGAUAUGUGAAACUGAACUGGGAUCUAACUGGAGAACUGGCACUGGGAAUCUUCUCUGCCCUGGAUGCUACUUCACUUUUUGUGAUGCAUUUUAUCCAGAACAUUUGGGUCUGCUAUGCUAGCUACUUAGUGUUCAAAGCUUGUUAUAUGCUCCUUAUAACCAUAGCCACAUUCCAGAUUGCUAUCAAUCUCAGUAUGGAGCGCUAUGCCUUGAUGUUUGGCUUCAACAAUUUUGUUGCACUGCUAAUUCAAACUAUAUUGACUGUUAUUGUAGUUGAUUCAAAAGGUCUGGGCCUGGAUAUUGGGACUCAGUUCUUAAUAUAUGGAAGCUACUUUGCAGUGAUAGCUGGGAUUUUUCUAAGCAGAAGCGUUUACAUCAUAGUCUCAACGAAAUGUAAAAAGGAAAACCCUGCAGAAAAUCUUCAAAUGAAAGAACAGCAGCAGAAUACAGAGAUCCAUAGCACAAGAAUGUAGCACCAUAAACAAACAAAAGCCAAAGCUUUGAAGCCAAAUUGAACAAUUUAUGUGAAUAAAUCAGUCCCUAGGUGACUUUAAGUCACAUUUGCAGAUAAAAUUAACUCUUAUGUCUCAUGUGAUUUUAAAUUAUAUGAUACAUAUGAUACAUAAGUGUAUUAAAAGAUCAGAAUUCUCAAUGUGUCCAACCUAACAUAAGAUGGUUACAUUUGAAACAAGAAGGAAAUGUUGGUUACAUAUAAUUGUUUGAGGGGUCACUUGUAAUUGCCAUUAAAAUACUAGUUCUUUGUAAUACCAUUUAAUUAAAGAAAAUUGAAAGUAUUUCCCCUACUUUUUGAAAAUUCAUGCUGCUGCUAAUUGUUUCUGGCUUCAGUUCUUGGUAUAACUUUUAUACUCAUCUCCAUUAUAGAACUAUAACUCACCCAUUGAUUAUUUUGGCUCAAGCUCUUCAGAUGUUAUUCAGUGAGAAUUGGAGCGCUACAGAUUUAAGGAAAGGAAGGAUUGGUGGAUAAUGCUAUAUUGGGAACUGCA